UUGACAGGGCGCAGAACACUCAGUAGGCGUUGUUGCCGAAUUCAGAGUUUGUGGAUUUUAUUUUACUCUAUUUCUAUUAUUUAACGGUCAUCCAAUUUACUUUUAAACUACUAUUGUUUAAUUUGUGUAAUAAUGGUGAAGUGAAGUGAUAUCGUGGAAGUAAUGGGAACGUUAUUAAGUGGCCAGUUAUAAUUGCUGUGGGAGGAGAUGGAGCGGAGCAGUUGUGGGCGAGUUGCUGGGUAUGAUGGCAAGAUAGCUGGACUUUACGAUUUGGAAGCCACUCUUGGAAGGGGCCACUUUGCUGUUGUUAAGCUUGCGCGGCAUGUGUUCACCGGAGAGAAAGUAGCAGUAAAAGUCAUUGAUAAAUCCAAACUUGAUGGUGUCUCCAAAGCUCAUCUUUUUCAAGAGGUCAGAUGCAUGAAGCUAGUGCAGCAUCCCAAUGUCGUCAGGCUUUAUGAAGUUAUUGAUACCCAGACGAAGCUGUACUUAGUCCUCGAGCUCGGAGAUGGGGGAGAUCUGUACGAUUACAUAAUGAGGCAUGAAGCUGGCUUAUCAGAACCACUUGCUAGAGAAUACUUUUCUCAGAUUGUCCGAGCUAUUUCUUAUUGCCAUCGACUACAUGUUGUUCAUAGGGACCUUAAACCUGAAAAUGUUGUAUUCUUCGAAAGAGCCGGUGUUGUUAAACUUACAGACUUUGGUUUCAGCAACAAGUUUUGUCCUGGUCAAAAACUUGAAACAUCGUGUGGUUCAUUGGCUUAUUCAGCUCCAGAAAUUCUUCUGGGUGAUUCCUAUGAUGCCCCUGCUGUCGAUGUAUGGUCCCUCGGAGUCAUAUUGUAUAUGCUUGUGUGUGGUCAGGCUCCUUUCCAAGAAGCAAAUGAUAGCGAAACUUUAACAAUGAUUAUGGACUGCAAAUACACAGUUCCGAAUCAUGUAUCAGGGGCAUGUAAGAAUUUGAUCGGAAGAAUGUUGGUAAGAGAGCCUGAAAAGAGGGCAACAUUGGAGGAAAUAGCUGCUGACCCCUGGGUCAAGGUGGACACUAAUGAACUCUCUGUCCCGCUUAUAUCCAGCCGUACGCUUACUGAGGCAGACCAUGCCUCAAUAGUCCAGAAGAUGGUUGCAGGAAAUAUAUGUACCAAAGAAGAAAUUUUGGAGUCAUUAGAAAAAAAUGACUAUAAUUAUAUAACUGCCACUUACUAUUUACUUGCUGAAAGAAAAUUAAGGGCAUCCGAUCCGAAGCAAACUCCUAAAAGCACUCCUAUCAAGUCUAUUGCACCAAUGGUUCGUGUUGAUUCGUGUCUUGAAAAUGACCAGCCCCAAAUUCCUUCAAUAAUGAACAUGACGAAAGGUCAAGGAGAAGGACAGCAGAUCAAUCCUCGGACACGUAAAUGUUCCAUUGUUACUGAAGAUGAUGAAGAGGAGAGCGGUGGGUCUCGGGAAAGUGGAGGGCUUAAUCGACGGGGAUCAAGAUCUGAAGGUAAAUUGCAUUUGGCAGUUCAAGAGAUUCAUCGUGCUGCGAUACCCAUCAAUUCAAUAACUGAGGCAUCUACUGCUCCUGGACCUCUUCAUCCGAACUCUGGUAACCAUACUCCAGUGAGAGCUGUGAAGACUCUCCCAUCUGCUCUUACAACUACAAAUAAUGUCAACAACAUCACUUCUCCACAAUUGGGUGUCAAUGCUAAUAUAGCAAGGUAUGAGAGAAGAAAUAAGUUGAGGAAAGGAAGCACCGCUUCCUGUAGUUCUUCAGAUGCCAGUGAUGAAGAUUCAGAAGGAAGAAAUAAAAGGAAAGGAAGUAACCACUCAUUACAUCGAGGACGAGGGCCUCAGGACCCAGGAGCUGGAGGUGGAACUGGAGGAGGAGGUGGUGCACCCCCACCUGGGGGACCUAGUACAAAUGGUGGACCUGGUCAAAAUGGCACUGGUCCUAAUCCUAGCAGCAGAGGUACAAGACGGGAAGGUGGUUGUGGCAGCAGUAGUUCUGGUGGUCGGAGGAGAGGGGAAACACGCUUAAGAGAAAGUCAGUCUUUAAAUAGAAUCACAGAAGUUCAAGAAGUCGAGGCUAAUAAUAGUCCAACACAAAAAGAGCCCCAAAAUGAAUCGACGCAGCCUCCUCCAUCCAAACCUCAAGGAGGAAGCAGCUUUGGUAAAAAAAAUGCCUUCAUCGGGAGAUAUCUUAUGCUGCAGAAAAAACUUUGCCUGCCACUCCUUGGAAGAAGCAGGCUUUAUAAAGCACAAGAGAUACAUUCGAAUUUAGGUAAUGAGACUUGUCAGAUACAUGCUGGUCAAGGAAAGUGUUGUUCUCUCUGUUGACAACAUAAUGAGACAUCUGACAAAGGUGUGAUAUAAUGUGCUGACUGCCAAGACAAAGAUUAUUCUUAACAAAAGCCAAAGCGUGCAGGAGCCCUCAACAACUGGUGAAAAACAUGUAAAUAUCAAUGAAAAGCUACCUGUACUCAAGAAGUACCUCCUGUACCUUAUGUAUAUUUAUAAAUAUUUAUUUGUUAUUUCAUUUAUUUAUUAUUAUUUUUUAAACAGAUGAUGGAAAUGUCCUAUCUUUCAUUUAGAUUAUUCCCAUUACAAUUACUUGUUCAUUCAAUCAAAC